UUUCUCCCCUCGUCUAGUAGUAUCGAGCUACAACAACACAAAACACCUCAGUCUAUUUACAGUCUCGCUGUAUCAGUCCGCGGACAGCAUCGUUUCACAGGCAUUAUUUUUAUUUUAAUCCAGCGUUUCUUUUUUUGAAAUCCUGCGCUCUGAGGUCGUGUUUAUACGUAACGGCAGAGUGAGAGAGAGGGGUUUGCUUUGAAUUCAAGCAGAACUCUUCACACCUGCCUUUGUUAGCAAGUUAGCUUCACUAAACUCUUUUGCCGUUCAGUAGCUUCUCGUCCUUUAUUUUCUGUUUGUUUUCUGGAUUAGUGUUAUAUAUACAUAUACAUAUAUACACACACAUAUAUAUUUUUAAAUUAACAAUAUCGUUAGUCAGCCAGCAGUUAUAGCUAAAGCAGUGCUAACGGAUCAGCUCUUUGUUCGUGGCUCAGGAAAAUACCCACAUCAGCACCGCCUUGCAGUGAUGAUGAUGGUGAUGAAAAGAAGACAGAGCUGAGAGCCGAGUGUGUGUGGUUGUGUUACGUUCACAUUGGGAGCUGGAAGAACCCCUCCCCCACACACACUGCAUCCAUGUUCUCCCCCGACCAGGAAAACAUCUCUACAUCCUCAACCAAAGUGCCAGUCAAAUAUGGAGAACUUAUUGUGCUUGGGUAUAAUGGCUCUCUACCAAACGGGGACAGAGGUAGAAGGAAGAGCAGGUUUGCACUCCUCAAAAGACCCAAAUCCAAUGGUGUGAAACCGAGCACUGUACAUGUAGCCUGCACCCCACAGGCGGCCAAGGCCAUAAGUAACAAGGAUCAGCACAGCAUUUCCUACACGCUGUCCCGAGCACACACUGUAGUGGUGGAGUACACUCAAGACAGCAAUACAGACAUGUUUCAGAUUGGCCGCUCAACCGAAAGCCCUAUAGAUUUUGUGGUGACCGACACUGUUCCCGGGAGUCAGAGCAACUCAGACACGCAGACUGUUCAGAGCACCAUCUCUCGCUUCGCGUGUCGAAUCAUGUGCCAGCGAACGCCUCCUUACACCGCCCGCAUAUAUGCUGCCGGCUUUGACUCCUCCAAAAACAUCUUCCUGGGGGAGAAAGCAGCAAAGUGGAAGACUUCUGAUGGACAGAUGGAUGGUCUGACUACUAACGGAGUGUUGGUUAUGCAUCCUCGGCACGGCUUCACGGAGGACUCCAAACCCAGUGUGUGGAGAGAGAUUUCAGUGUGCGGAAAUGUGUUCACCCUGAGAGAGACCCGCUCGGCUCAACAGCGAGGAAAGAUGGUAGACAAUGAGACGCAAGAGUUAGUAGAUGGCUCUCUGAUCGAUCUCUGUGGAGCGACUCUCUUGUGGCGUACGGCUGAAGGACUUUCCCGCACUCCCACCGUCAAACACCUAGAGGCACUCCGACAGGAGCUGAAUGCUGCUCGACCCCAGUGCCCUGUGGGUUUCAACACCCUCGCUUUCCCCAGCAUGCGCAGAAAGGACAUCGUGGAUGAGAAGCAGCCAUGGGUCUACCUAAACUGCGGACACGUUCACGGCUACCACAACUGGGGGAACCGCGAUGCCGAGAGGGACGGAAGAGAAGGCCGGGAACGGGAAUGUCCCAUGUGCCGCGCUCGUGGGCCAUAUGUACCGCUGUGGCUGGGCUGUGAGGCAGGAUUUUAUCUAGACGCGGCCCCACCCACUCACGCGUUUAGUCCCUGUGGUCAUGUGUGCUCGGAAAAAACAGCGGCGUAUUGGUGUCAAAUCCCCCUCCCUCAUGGAACGCACACUUUUCACGCCGCCUGUCCUUUCUGUGCCCAGCAGCUCAGCGGUGAGCAGGGAUACAUCAGACUGAUCUUCCAAGGGCCUGUGGAUUAAACCCACUUGCUUACAACCUUAUGCAGCAGUAAUCUCACAGUCUGAUAUUUUACAACAAAUAAUCAGAUGAACAGUCAGCCUUUAUCUUUCUUCCGGUUUCUUUACGUUGGUUAUGUAAUUAACUUUUUAUAACGCUGAAUUUUUCUGCACUCAGACUGUUUUUUUCUUCCUCUGAUUUGUAAGUUACCUUUAUACUGCUUUUUCAAAUAUGGAGAAAAUAGAGAGAGAUUUAUAUAUAUAUAUAUAUAUAUUUUCCACAAAAAAAAAAAAUUAUUAAACAAAUUGACCUAUUCAAAAUAACAGAGCAUAUGCACACCCAUGUUUUGGAUUGCUUUGGUGGCUCUGGUUUUUAUUUAAGUGGUUGACAUAGAUGGUGAUAUGUACAGUAAUUAUUUACAAACCGUAAUACUCAGCAUUAGAUGCAAUACACCCUUCUCAUAUAUAAUGAGAUCAUAGGUGAGUCUAUUUGUUCUUGCGUCAUUCAAUAAUUCCCAGUGUUUCAUAAAGCAACUACAUUAGAUUAUAGAAAGUUGUUUAAAUUCAGAUGUUUCUAACUUAAAAAAAUACUUUAUUUAUACACCGUAUCAAUGUUUAUCAAAGAUUAUUAUUAUUAUUAUUGGUGUGUUCUUUGGGGAGUUGCGUUUUAUGUAGCUGUUUUUAUUUCAAUCUUUUUGUUCAUAUGUCCAUGUCUCUAAUGUCUAAUGAGUCUCUUUCCAUCUUCUACAUGUAGCCUUUGGUAGAUCUCAGACUUCCUCUGUUCUGUACUUUGUUCUCAUGUUUGUAGGUAACACGAUUAUUAUGUGUGUGUGAAAUCUUCUUUGCAAUAGUUUCAAAGUGAACCAAUAAGGUCGUGCUCAGAGAAAGUUAUUGAAACAUCAAAACUUCCAGAAAGGCCUAAAAGUCUUCACCACCCUUUAAGCACAGGCCAAAACCAGAAGUCCUGUGUGUCUGUGUGAUUGUCAGAGAGUGUUUGCAAAAAUAUUGUGUAUAAGUCAGCUACAAAUGUCUCUGUUCCUUGCUUUGACACUGUCUGGAAAUACAUAGUUCUUCAUAAAAUGCUUUGUGGUUCUUUGCUUCCUUCAAGUGGUGACUGCAUUUGUCCAAUAAUGUGCUAAAUUAUCAACAAGACAUGAAUUUCCUUUUUAUAAUUAUAUAUAUAUAUAGAUGUUUCUAUCAAGUGACAGAGGAAUGAACGCCAAAAGUUUAAAUUGGAUGUAUAGCCCUAAAUAAAGAAUUUUGGUAAAAUGUCAAAAUGAGUAGAAAUAUCACUUUCAGGAAUGACCUGCAAGAACCACAGCACGAUAAAACGUAUCUGGAUCACUUACCUGCUAUGUUAUUCUAAUGAUUUUCCGAAGACUGUGUACCCAAAACCUAUUAAAAACAUGAUUCCAAGAGAGGUCAAAACUUUUUUAAUUUAUAUAAUGUGUGUGUGUGUGAGGUUUUAUUUGAAAGAUAAGUUAUACCACUUUUUUGACUUCCAUCACAUGCAGAGCACAAUUUGUGCAUUGACUCCUGUUUGCAAGCAAGUUAGAUUUUAAAUUCUCCUUGAAGAAUUGACCUCUGUGUACGAGUAGGUGAUAUAUUUGAAUUUUUAAUUUUGUUAUGUUUGAAUUUAUGUAUUGUAGAUACUGUUGUGUGAAUGUAUUAAAUGUAUUGUACUGUGUUUUCUGUAAGAAUCUGUUGAAUCCAAAGGUUUGAGAAUUGGAUUGAGAUAUUCUUCCCAACUAUGGAUUCCAUAUUUAUACCACCUUUCAAUUUCUGCUGUUCUGAACAGCAACCAGACAGCAUGCUGGUGCAAUUAUCACCUCAGGGAGUUCCCUCAAUUUAGACCACCAGGGCAUGUGUACAUGAAGUAUUUCAGAUCCAGGCAGCUUGUCUGGGAUCUGUGUGUGUGUGUGCGCGCUCGAAGUGCUACGAGUGACUUUGAAGCUUGAUCACACCACAGAGAUCUUUCUUCUUCUUAUGUCAUUUGUCCAGUAUUAAACACACUAAAUGUUAGCAUCACAUUUAUACAUCUUUUAAGGGUUUCACACGCUUGAAGACUGCGUGUGUAAAGGGCUUUUUCCUUUUCAUGUUUUGUUGAUUUUAUUUUAAUUCUUUGGCUGGCUUUUGUCAUGUUUUGGUCUAACCAGUCUGCAUGAUGCUAGUUCAAGUGCGUAUGUGAGAAAGGAUGUGUCCGUGUAUUCGGAAAAAUCAGUAUACUUGCAGGCAAAUGCUGAAAAUGUUUCUGACCAUUUUUUUGUACCAAUUUUAAACAAAUAAAAAUGUUUAAAAGUUGAA